GAUAUUUUUCCAAAUGUAAAUCAGCUGAAGUUCAAACAACAAGGAAUAGACUCUCAGAGUGACUCAGCUGAUUGCCAGGCGCGCUUGGUAUGUCCUAGGACUCAGAGGCGCGCCACUGGGGUGUCCAGAUUCGUCUACACCGCUGUAUCUAACUAA